GGGCCUGGACCUGGGCCUGGUGCUGCUUCAGGACCUGGGCCGGAACCUCGUGCUGCUGUGGGGCCUGGACCUGGGCCUGGUGCUGCUGCAGGGCCUGGACCUGGGCCUGGUGCUGCUUCAGGACCUGGGCCGGAACCUCGUGCUGCUGCAGGGCCUGGACCUGGGCCUGGUGCUGCUGCAGGACCUGGGCCGGGACCUCGUGCUACUUCAGGUCUGAGGCCUGGGCCAGGAGCUGGGUCAGUACCUGGGCAAGGGGCAGAGCCUGGGCUAAGAUGUGAGUCUGGUACUGGUCUCAAACCCAGUGAGCCAACAACAGCCCCAUCGCCAGUGUCGCAGCAGAAGACUCAAGCCACACCUGUGCAGGCCCCGAGGCAGAAGGUUCUAGUGACUGGAGGAGGCGGCUACCUGGGCUUUAGCCUGGGUUCCAGCCUGGCCAAGAGUGGCACUUCUGUCAUCCUGCUUGACCUGCGCAGACCCCAGUGGGAGCUGGCCUCAGGGACUGAGUUCAUCCAGGCUGACGUCCGAGAUGAGGAAGCCCUGCUCCGUGCCUUCGAAGGGGUGGACUGUGUCUUCCACGUGGCCUCCCACGGGAUGUCUGGUGCUGAGAAGCUUCAAAAAGAGCAGAUUGAGUCUGUAAAUGUUGGUGGCACCAAACUGGUGAUCGAUGUUUGUGUUCGCCGGCGGGUUCCAAGGCUCGUCUACACCAGCACUGUCAAUGUCGCUUUCGGCGGGAAGCCCAUAGAACAGGGCGAUGAGGACUCGGUGCCAUAUUUCCCACUGGAGAAGCACAUGGACCACUAUUCCCGAACCAAAGCCAUCGCCGACCAGUUGACCCUCAUGGCCAAUGGAACGCCUCUCCCAGGAGGAGGCACUCUGCGGACGUGUGUACUCCGGCCCCCAGGGAUCUACGGCCCUGAAGAGCAGAGGCACCUGCCCCGUGUGGCGAGCCACAUCAAGAAGAGGCUGUUCAUGUUCCGAUUUGGGGACCGCAAGACGCGCAUGAACUGGGUCCACGUGCGCAAUCUGGUGCAGGCGCACGUGCUGGCCGCCGAGGCCCUCACUGCCGCCAAGGGCUACGUGGCCAGCGGGCAGGCAUACUACAUCAACGACGGGGAGAGCGUCAACCUCUUUGAGUGGAUGGCUCCGCUGUUUGAGAAGCUGGGGUACAGCCAGCCCUGGAUCCAGGUGCCUACUUCAUGGGUUUACCUGACAGCCACGGUGAUGGAGUACCUGCACCUGGCCCUGAGGCCCAUCUGCAGCAUCCCCCCACUGCUCACCCGGAGUGAGUUUGAGAAGCUGGGGUACAGCCAGCCCUGGAUCCAGGUGCCUACUUCAUGGGUUUACCUGACAGCUCUGGCUGUGUUUAAGCCCUAUGCCACUUGCAAGGUGGAUAGUGUGAGGCCCAUUGUAGCAGUGAGGCAGCUGAGGCUCUGA